AAGGGCAAGAGCAGGCAUUCUCCUCUCUAACCUAUCUCACCAACUCGCAUCUAGAAGCAAUUACCCCUCUUUUUUUCAAUAGUCAAAAGGCUAUAAAGGUACUCCCAAAUCCCUCCCAAGGGCCGGCCUUACUGUUCCUUCACCCACAUCAAUACCCAAAACCGCUAUUUUCAUUCAGCAACCUCACCACCACCGAAAUGAACUGAAAAUCUUCUUCCCCUACUUCCUUUUCAUUUGAAUUUUUCUGGGUUCUUCUUCUUUCUUCUUCUUCUUCUGUCAAUUUCCUGAAAUGGGUCGUUCUCCUUGCUGUGAAAAAGCCCACACAAACAAAGGUGCGUGGACUAAAGAAGAAGAUGAACGUUUAAUUGCUUAUAUUCGUGCUCACGGUGAAGGCUGUUGGCGAUCUCUUCCUAAAGCUGCUGGGCUUCUUCGUUGUGGUAAGAGUUGUCGAUUGCGUUGGAUUAACUAUCUCCGUCCUGAUCUUAAACGAGGCAAUUUCACUGAAGAAGAAGAUGAGUUGAUAAUCAAGCUUCAUAGUCUUCUGGGUAACAAGUGGUCUUUGAUUGCUGGGAGAUUACCUGGAAGAACAGACAAUGAGAUUAAGAAUUACUGGAAUACUCAUAUUAGAAGGAAGCUUUUAAACAGAGGAAUCGACCCUGUUACUCAUAGACCCAUCAACGAACCAUCUCAAGAAGUGGCUUCAACAACAACAAUCUCUUUCACUGCUACUGAUGUGAAAGUGAAAGUGGAAGAAAAAUCCAUGGUGGUUGAGGAAUUUAAAGAUUUAGAAAGGGAAGAAUUCCCUUCGAUUGAAGAACGUUGUCCAGAUUUGAACUUAGAGCUCAGAAUCAGCCCACCAUAUCAACCUCACUCUGAAAAAAUUGGGGCUAAGAAUCUCUGUUUUGCUUGUAGUUUGGGAUUACAAAACAGCAAAGAUUGCAGCUGCAAAAUUGGUUGCACUUCCACUGGGAAUAACAGCAAAGUUGGGUAUGAUUUUCUUGGUAUAAAAAAUGGAAUUCUGGAUUAUAGAAGCUUGGAGAUGAAGUGAGAUAAUAUUCAAAAAUUGGGUUUAUCCUUGUUUGUUUAUCUGAUUUGCAGGGAAAUGAGGAGCUAGAUUGGUAAAAAUAUAUUAGUUUUCAAAUCUCUCUAAGUUUUCUCACUUCCCUCUGAUUUGUAAGAUUUACAAGUGCAUAUUGGUAUAGUAUAUCAGUAUAUGAUUAUGAGUACAGCUGAAGAAUUAGUUAAAUAUUUUUCCAUAUAGUUAAAAGAAAGAAGCAUACUUUGAAACUCCCUCUUUUCUCUUUUCUUUUUUCCAGAGGUUUUUUCCUUUUCUCUGUAGAAGAAGAAGAAGAAGAAAUAUAAACUUUUCUCUCUCUUUUGUAUCUUA